UCUGAAUCAGAAAAAUGUUGAAUAGUAACAAUGUGGUUCGAUAUGAGUUUCUCAAGGUCGCAAGAUCCAUAUCUUCACUGCUAUAUAAAACAGAGGAAAUCCAAAACUUGGAGAAUAGCAUCAAUGAGAAGGUAACAGAGAUUCUGACAGAAAGUGACGAAAAUAUCAGGAUGAAAGAAGUCCUAACUAUUCUGCAGUUAAUUCUUUGUCAGUCAGAGCAUUUGCCAGCUAUGAUCAUCCAGGAGUUAUUUAACUCGUUGCUUCUGAUCAUCAAUUCAGUAACACUCCUAGUCAAAACUUGUGAAGGUAACCAAGCCGAACUGAAGGAGUCAGUUAAAACUAUAUGCCUUGCUAUCCUUAACUGGGAGUUCAAGCAGGGGGAAGACCACUAUGAAAGCAUCAAAAAGCAUCAAGAGGAGUACAUACUACUUAAAAGUCAAGAAAUAAUUAUCCAAUGUCUGAGAUCUGGGCUUCUCAAACAUGACAUAGGCCAUAUCAUCUUUGAGUAUUUCUUUACCCAAGCUACAAAGGAGGAGUUUAAACUUCAGUCAGACAAACACGAGAGUGUUUUCUCCUCAGGAGAAACAGUAAUAGGAGAAAUCAUGAGAAACAAUUUAUACAUAGUUGUCGAUACUCUUUUGGCAGAAAAGGAGGAAAACUUCUCCAUGAUUCAAGAUAUCAAUAAGAAAACAGAGAAGCUUAUAAAUAAUGCUCAGGCUGAAAGUAAAUACUAUCAAGACCAAUUUGAGAUUUACCUCAGAGUCUAUCAGCUCAUUCUUUAUAAGAUAGAUUUUUAUUCUCAAUCUGAGGAAGAGACUCAGAAGAGAGGAGAAAAGAUAGCCAAUUACUUUCACAGAAUAUCAGAAUCCCUAUUUUGAUUACUUAGCUUUUGAUCAGAACUUGACAACCCUGGGAAUGAUAUUUAUUCUCUAAUAUAUUUAAUUUUUGAUAAUAUUUGUGAGUUUGCUGAUAAAUAUCCCACUCAAAUCUGUUACAGAGAAGAAAUAGAAGUCCUUAUGUACAGAAUACUCAUUAGACCACUCGGCUUUAGAGAUGAAGAGGACGCAAAGCUCCUCACGGAGGAAGAAAAGGCUCAAACGUCGAAGAAUGAGUCAGAAGAUCAGGAAAGAUACAUUAGUACAAAGAUGUGAUUGAGGAUCACAGAUUUUAUCUCUACUAAACCGAACUUUUUGGCCAAGAUGUUCAUGUUGUAUGAUUGACAGCCGUAUAGUUCAAAGCUAGCAGUCAAGUUGAUUAGGUCUUUCUCUCAAGUUUACAGAAGCUAUUUCACUCUUCAGACAGGAAGUAAUGAUAUCCUGAUUAUCGAAGAUUCUGUGAAAAGUCAAAUAAAAUACCUUGAAAUAGUCUCUUCUUUCCUCAAGAGGUUAGAUGCCAAACCUCUGACUAAAGACUCAGAGGAGAAACUCUCUGAAAUCUUGUCUAAUAAGGAAAAAGUGUACAAAGUUGAGAAAUCCCUGCAAGAAAAUGGAAGAAAAGGAGUCAAAGAAGCUAUUGAAAAUUAUAUCGGUCAAGACUCAUCUGCUAUUUCUCAGAAACUUGGAGAAGUUUUAUUAUACUCCAGAAGAAUCCAUGUCGGAAAUGUCCUAGAGCUCAUAGGUCAUAAGAAAGAGACUGACCUCCUUGUAGAGUUCAUGAAUCAAUUUGAACCACUCAUAAAAGACCUGAAUGCAGAGCAAUCUCUUAGAAAAUUUCUCACCAGUUUUAGACUUGCAGGAGUUGAAGGCCAAGUUGUUGAAAGAGUCUUGGAAUAUUUUGGCAAAUUCUAUUACAAAUCCCAUCUAAACUUUGGAACUGAUGAAGGGAUUGUCAAAUUUGCCAAUGAAAAAGAAGCAUUCGAUUUCAUGUACCUCCUGCUGAUGCUCCACACAUGUCAUCAUAAUCCUAAUAUUGAGAAUAAAACUAGCUUUAAAUGGUUUGUCGAUAGUGUCAAAGAUAUGUGAAAAGAAAGUUUCUCAGAAAUGCAAGAGAAAGACCUCAGAGAGAUCUUUGAGAGUGUUGAACUGUUUGAGUUUGACUCACCAACUACAAGACUUUUAUUUGAUAAGAAGUUUAGUACUGAGAGCCUUCCUAUCGAGCUGUAUGCAAGGACAAAGAUCUUCACAGAGGCAACAAUAGAUCUUAAGGAAAAUGAAUUCUUAUCAUGAUUGUCGUUCGAGUCAUCUCAAAGGUUAUUCCAUUUCAAUAACAACUUUUGUGUCCCAGAUUCUCUCCUUGAUCUAGCUAAGGGACAUAUCUCGGAACUUAUCUUCAGUGAUGUGAAGAAGCUUCUGACUGAAAAUCUGGAAUCAGAAAACUUCAUCCAGCUUUUUGAUAAACUUUUUGAAAUCUGCUCAACUUUUGGUCAAGAUAAGAUCCUUGAAGAAAUAUUGAGCAAGAUGUAUGAUCAAGUAGGAUGGAGCAAGAAUUAUGAAGAGCUUAGUCAUUCAGAGCUAAACCUUAUUUCGUGCCUUUUUACUUAUCUUUGUAAGUGGGCAUCUAGAUUACCAACAAUUGCUCCCAAUGUCUCCUCGAUACUGUCCUUCUGAUAUGAAAAUGAUCUCACUAAUGAUGCUGUUGAUGUCAAAGCUGAAAUAGCAGAAUUUAUUGAUAAAAUAGAGGAUAUUACCUCAGCAGAUGCACAAUCAGGAAUAUUUUCCUCCUUCCUACCAAGUGUGUUUGGAUCAUCCACACCAAACAAGCACUUGUAUGACGAACUUAGAGAAGAACUAAAACUUGUUGAACCUGAAUCUGAAGUAGUCUCUAAAUUCAAGAUGGACUUAGAUCUGAGUUUGAUUGAUGGAAUUCAGCUUCAAAAGAUCUCUAGUUCUCUGAUGAACAUCAGCAAGACAGAGUUCAACAUAUUCUAUCCAGCUUUGAUUUAUAAUCUAAUAACUAGUAAUACAGGAGAAGCUUGCUAUAUUUUAUUAGAAAGCCUUCCAAUUUACAUUACAAAUUGCUUGGCUUUCCCUGAGAAACCAUAUAUUUCAGAAUACGAAGAGUUAAAAUUUAAGAUCCAGAAGUACUACAUAUGAGAAAAUGUGAUAAAAAUACUCCUUCACUUUCAUAAAGAUCAUGAGAGCAGUAAAGAUACUGCUUAUUUUACCUCCAAAAGGACGAUAAAGACGCUAAUACAGAACAUUUUCGAAGACAUAGGAUGUUAUGAGGUAGAUUUCCUAUGCUCUCUCUCAGAUGUGAUUUCUCAGACUCUAAAAUCAGAACAUGCUUCUGAAUGACCAGAGGAGGCUGCCAGGGUGCAAACCUUGAAUGAUGAAAUAUUCUGCUUAUUAGUAAACCUCAUGUACACACUUAAUGAGAGAUCUAGAGGCAAUACCUCAGUUCAGAAGUUACAGGCGAGCAAAAGCCAGGAGGAACAGAAGGAAGAUCAAAAGAAAUCAAAAGGAAAUGUAAAGGAGUUAUUAGAUCAGUAUUUUAAAAUUGAAUCCAACCGCACUAGUGAGGAUGAAGAGGAAAGUAUCAGGAAGAAGAUUACUAGGAUCAACAAUUCAGCAAUGAAGUUAGUUUCUUAA